UUAGGCUUGGAUGCUGGGAGUUGAGGCGGCCAUGUUGUUCUUCGAGGAGAGAAGAGAAGUCUGUGUAGUGUGUACGCGACGACGUUUCGCUUCUUCAUCUUUCAUUUAUUUAAACCAUUUGUUAACAUUGUUAUAAUUUAUUUUUUUUAUAUGAAUUUCAUUAAAGUUUAUUAGCCAAAGUGCUCUAUUUUAUGUGCUACGUUAUUUUUUAUCCGGUAACUAAGGAUCCAUGAGGAGACGCUAGUCUUCAGUGAUAAGUGCCUUUUUUUAGUGCUGUUUUACAUUUAUGAUAAAUUUAUAUUCAAGCAUUUAUAAUUGUUCAUAACAUUGUUGUUUACUAUGAUUACUAUGAUGGUGUUGUGGAAAAUGCGAUGACAGUUACGGAAAUGUGAUCUAAUAAUUUUUUAGUUAACACUUUGGUAGUUUGUAGUUUUUUUUUUUUUUUUUUUUUUUCGUUAUUACAACAUUUUUGGAUCAACUACAUCACUUCUGUACACGCACGUACAGGUGCCACUUAAUGUGCCAUAGACGCAGUUUCCUGUGAUAUUUUAAAUUCCGUUGCCUAAAGACACUUUACGUCUUAAUUUUUUAAACGUUUUUUUAAUUAUUAUUAUUAUUAUUGACUUUUACUUAUUUUUGUAAGAGCUAUGUCGACUUGCACUGAGGACGCUGAUAACUCGACUCUUCAUAUCCAGGACACCAUGUCCCCGGUACAAGAAGGGCCAAUAUCUCCAGCGUCAUCAUGCCUGAGCAAUCAAAAUCAAAAUGACGAAGUGCUAUUAGCAACAAUGCAACCAGUCAAUGUAAUAGAUCUCCAUGAAACAGAUCACAUUCACCACAAGUACAAUCAUCACCAUCAUCAUCAACGCCAUCAUCACCAACCACAUCACCAAACCCAUCACCAGCAUCAUCCACACCAUCACCAUCAAGAUGAUGACGAGGAAGAAAAUGGUCGCAGUCCACAGUCAAGUCCAUCAACCGGACUCGGGCAUAAAAUGAUCGACCUAAUUUAUAACGAUGGUCAAAAAACCGUAAUGUACACUCACGACAAAGAAAUAAUAUACGAAAAUGAAGCAGAUCGUGUUCAGGUCGUCGAGUAUCCACCGCCAGCUCCUUCGCCAUCACCACCAGCUACCCCACAGUCAACCCGGAAUCUCGUUAACGUUCGUCACGCUGUUACGACAAAUGUUACUAACGCCGCGACCUUGCAUUUGCAUCAUUAUCCUCAAUUGCAAUUACACCAGCAUGAUGACGAUGACCUACCACGUGCCGUAGUGACAGCUGUUGGUUCUGGAUCCACCGGUCCUGGUUCCGUCACUGGAAAUGGUACCGCUGUUUCUGUACCAGUUAAUACAACAACAACUGUUUUAGUACUAUCCGAACUUGUUGCUGCUGAUCCAUCAACUGGUACCUCAGAACUUGGUCUAACAACUUCUGGACCUACCGCAACACUUCGUACUGGCAGGCGUAGCCGUUCGUCAUCAGACUGUGAAUCAAGUGUUGUUGGUGUAUCAGAACAAUACGGUACAGUAGGACGUGAAUCAGCAGAAGAGGGAGCUGAUCAUCAUCAACAACAUCACCAACAACAUCAUCAGCAGCAGCAACAACAACAACAACAACACGGAAAUCAAGUUGACCCAGACGAUCCAGAGGAAGCAUCAAAACGUGUUGCCGCCGUACAAGUUCAAGUUCAGGGUAUGGAGGGUGACUGGAGAUACUGUGAGCAUCCACUGUCGGUUGCUACCGCGGCGAUGCUAAAUUUACAACAGCAGCAUCAGGUUGCCGCAGUAUCUGGACAUCCCGAUGAACAAAAUGUUCCUUAUGUUUACGAGUACUACAAAUUGCCGGAAAAAUCCUCUGAUGUUAAAUUACCGCCAACUCAUGAGCUUUGGUCUACAGGAGUUAUGGGCCAGAAACUAUUGGUUGAGAGCACUGGAUCAAGACUGGAAAACUCGGAGAAUAAUGGCAGUGGUGAAUUGCACCACUUUUUGCAUCAAUAUAAUCAACAAUCGCCGAGUCCUAAUCAGAGUUUGCAAGGCAAUAUCUCGAUGCCAUUGAGUCCUCAGUCUUUGCGGCACGACGGGUCUUCAGGUAUUGGAAUUAAAAGAGAACCAGAGGAUUUGAGCUCCUCGCGUGGUGGUCAGCAGUCCAAUAAACGGCAUAAACAAGCUCAGCCUGAUAGUCCUACGCCGCCGGGAAUGUAUCAUCAUCAUCAGCAUCAAUUACAGGUCCAGCAAUACGGUAGCCCAUUUGACCCAUACUCGGCAUGCAGCCCACGGCUAUCAACCUACAAUUCGGGUUCAAACGCCAGCGGAAGUGCAACACCGGGUUUACACCAAGAAGGCAAUACAGUCUACGUAACGAGUGAAGCGUUACCACCCCUAGCAUCAUCUAGUUCAGCUUCAUUACCAACUACCACGACGUCGUACACUAGGUACGAAGUUGUUCCCAGUUCGUAUACAACCCAUGCAGUAAGGUCCUCAUCCAGCAGCAGUAAAGUCCUGACAGUUGAUCUUCCUAGCCCGGAUUCGGGGAUCGGAGCCGACGCAGUAACACCCAGACAAGAUCAUCAUCCACCUACAGCUCUACACCAGUCGUCAUUUGAUUACACGGAACUGUGUCCAAGUAAUAAUAACAAUGCAACGACAGUGGUCCUUGAAAGUGGUACUGUUGUACAUCACCAACCGUUACAAUUACAAUUACAACAGCCGCACAAUCAGACCCAAGUUCAACGGGGUCUUGUUAAUCCUGCAGCCUCCCCAUCAACGACUCCAAAUCCACCACGAUCUCGUCCCUGGCACGAUUUCGGACGUCAAAAUGAUGCAGAUAAAAUUCAGAUACCAAAAAUUUAUUCGGCAUAUGGUUUCAAAUAUCAUCUAGAGUCGCCGAUAAGCACAUCACAGAGACGUGAAGAUGACAGAAUAACGUAUAUUAAUAAAGGUCAAUUUUACGGCAUCACUUUAGAUUACGUUCCUGAUCCAGACAAGCCACUUUUGAAAACCGGACAAACUGUUAAGAGUGUCGUAAUGUUAAUGUUCCGUGAAGAAAAAAGCCCCGAAGAUGAAAUAAAAGCUUGGCAAUUUUGGCACGGCCGACAACACUCCGUGAAGCAACGAAUCCUCGAUGCUGACACAAAAAAUAGCGUUGGGUUGGUUGGAUGCAUUGAAGAAGUUGCUCACAAUGCCAUUGCUGUAUAUUGGAAUCCAUUAGAAUCAUCAGCUAAGAUUAAUGUUGCGGUGCAAUGUCUCAGUACGGAUUUCUCAAGUCAAAAAGGUGUUAAAGGUUUACCAUUACAUAUUCAAGUUGAUACAUAUGAAGAACCACCAUCACAUUCUCAUUCAUAUACUCCACCUUCACAUCGUGGUUACUGUCAGAUAAAAGUUUUUUGUGAUAAGGGUGCAGAGAGAAAGACACGCGACGAAGAGAGAAGAGCAGCGAAGCGUAAAAUGACUGCAACAGGCAGGAAAAAGCUUGAUGAAUUGUAUCACUCUGUUACUGAACGCAGUGAAUUUUAUUCAAUGGCUGAUCUUCAUAAACCACCGGUAUUAUUUUCACCACCCGCUGAGCAUGCGCUCGACAAGCAGUUUUCAACAAUGGAAUUAUCUGGAUUUUACGGAACUGGAAAUGGUGGCGGUGAUACAGAUACAUCCUCACUGAGUAAUGGUGAGGGCGGUAUGAAAACAGGAGCAAGUAGUCCGUAUCCAGGUUGCGGCAGACCAAGUUUACCAGCGUUAAAAUUUCACAAUCACUUUCCUCCAGACAAUUUAACUGGAAUACACGAUAAAAAAGAUUCUCUAUUGAUGCAAGUACAAGAAUUGCAGGGUACCGUUUUACAGGGAGUACCACAAGGUGCAUUGACAACUGCCACUGGUACAUUAGUGUCGAAUGUUAGUAAUCGUUUGCAUCUUCAGCAUCAACCGCAACAGUCACAUCUACGUGGUAAUGAUUCUGAAGAACGUGUUAUGCUUUAUGUUAGACAAGAAUCUGAAGAUGUCUAUACACCUCUACAUGUAACACCGCCGACGGUACAGGGACUUCUUAAUGCUAUUGAAUCAAAGUACAAAAUUGCAUCCUCGAGUAUUAAUAAUCUGUAUCGAAAAAACGCAAAGGGAAUUACAGCGAAAAUUGAUGACGACAUGAUCCGUCAUUACGUCGACGAAGAUUUAUUUCUCCUCGAAGUAAGUCAUUCAACCUCGCCAUCGAAUCCCGACCCAUGUAAUCAAAGUAACCCAGGUUCGCCCGGGGACCCAGAUGAUCCUAACGAAUCUCCAUCAAUGGGUUACGACGUAACGCUCAUUAAAUUACAAACACAAUUGACACCCCCACCUCCAUCACUGUCAUCAUCGACAUCACCCUCCACUGUAAAUUCUCAUAUUCACACCCACAGUGUCCACGAGGUCACUAAUUCGUGAACUAAUCACUCUGACUGUCCAAUUGAUUAAUUAAUUAAUUAAUCAAUCAAAUAUUUUUUUACUUUUAAAAAACAACAAUUAAUAAAUAAUUAAUAUAAGUAUAAUCAUAAUAAUAAUUAUAAUUAUUAUAAUAAUCAUAACAAUAAUAAUAAAAUGUGAAUUUCUGUCAAUUGUGUUUGUAAAUAUAUAAAUAUAUAUUUUUUUUAAUUAAUAAUAAUUGUAAUUUAGAUUUUAAAUAAACUCAUAGGGGCAAUGAGGAAUUAAAACAUCAAAAUAUUAAUUAAUUAAAUAAUUGAAAACGUUAUAAUUUUUUUAUAUUGAUUGUUA